AUGAGGAAACCAACCCAAGCGCAUCUCGCCGGCACGGCCGCACUCUUCUUGCUGGCAGCCGCCAUCCCGGCAACGACUGUUGCGGUGCUGCCCUCAGAGGCCGAUGCCCUUCUGGCAUGGAAGGCAAGCCUCAUCGACGCAGCCGCGCUCUCCAGCUGGACCCGGGCCACACCCGUAUGUGACUGGCAUCGGGUGCACUGCGACAACAAAAGCGCCGUGGUGGAACUAAGACUAUAUAGACUCGGUCUAUCGGGCGGGCUCGAUACGCUCGACACAGUGGCGUUCCCGGCGCUCGCCUAUCUGGACCUUAGCAUCAACCACCUUGGCGGCGCCAUACCGGCCAGCAUCUCGCGUCUGCGCUCCCUCGAAUCACUCGACCUCAGCAAUAACGGCUUCAACGGCUCCAUCCCGCCGCAGCUCGGUGACAUGCCCAACCUCCUCUCCCUCAGGCUCGACAACAAUAGCCUCGUCGGCGCCAUUCCACGCCAACUCUGCAGCCUCUUCUCCAUGAAGUAUCUGCAUAUGUCAAACAACCAGCUCAGCGGAGGGCUCCAGAACUGCUUGUGCAAUCUCCAGAAUCUCCUGGUCAUACACCUGAGAAACAAUCGGCUCACCGGGGAGCUCCCGGACUGUUGGUGGAACCUGCAGUCCAUGAAUCUGUCAAACAACUCCUUCUCAGGUGAAAUCCCUGCGGCUAAGGCAAACCAUAAUUGCUCUCUCUUUACACUAUACCUCGCCAGAAAUGCCUUUGUUGGAGACGUCCCACUUUUAUUGGGUUGUACCUGGCUGGUCGCCCUCGACAUCAGCAGCAAUAGAUUCAACAGCUCCAUUCCGCCGCAGCUCAAUGACAUGCGCGGCCUCAACGACCUUCGUCUCCACAAUAACAACCUCGUCGGCAACAUCCCACACCAGCUCUGCAGGCUCAUCUCCAUCACGGUACUAGAUUUGUCGAACAACAGGCUCACCGGGGACCUCCCAGACUGCUGGUGCAACUUCCAGGUUCUGUUAUUCAUGGACCUAUCCAACAACCGGCUCACCGGGAAGCUCCCAGACUGCUGGUGGAGCCUAGAGGCUCUGCUGUUCAUGGAUCUAUCCAACAAUUACUUUUCAAGUAAAAUCCCGGCACCUGUGGCAAACCACAACUGCUCUCUUAGGUCUCUUUACCUCAUAAACCUAUCAAGAAACCAUCUGUCGUGCCGCAUUCCCCAAGGCAUUGGUAGCCUCUCUUUUCUUGAGAUCCUUGAUCUAUCAUCUAAUCAACUUUUUGGAAACAUUCCUCAAAGCAUCACACGAUUAUCAGGGCUCAACACGUUAAAUGUCUCGAACAAUCUUUUGUCGGGCAAGAUACCCACCGGGAAUCAGAUUCAGACCCUGACUGACCCAUCAAUUUACUCCAACAAUUCUGGGCUCUGUGGAUUUCCUCUAAACAUUUCAUGUACGAAUACUUCGCUUGCACCGGAUGAGAGAAAUGGUGAACAGGAGGACCACUGGAUGUACUACUGUGUGAUUGCUGGGAUUGUGUCUGGUCUCUGGUUGUGGUUUGGGAUGCUCUUUACAGUUAAAUCCUGGAGAUGUGGUUUUCUUUCCUUUGUUGAUGGCAUGCAAUGUAAAAUUAUGAAAAAGUUGUGA